AUGGAAGCUGUAAGAAGAAGAAGCAGAGAGAGUAACAAAAGUCCAGAGAGGCUAAUAAGGUCUUUAAAUCUUCAGCAAGACGAAGAAGAGGAAGCCAAGACAAAGAGACCAAUCUUCAGAAGAGUCCAAGUUGUUUAUUAUCUCACCAGAAAUGGCCACCUCGAACACCCUCACUUCAUCGAAGUCAUUGCUCCGGUUAACCAUCCUCUCCGGCUAAGAGAUGUGAUGAACCGGCUUACGGUUUUGAGAGGGAGGAGCAUGCCAUCACUAUACGCUUGGUCAUGCAAAAGGAGCUAUAGAAAUGGAUUCGUGUGGAAUGACUUAGCUGAAAACGAUGUGAUUUACCCGUCGAACUGUGGUGAAUAUGUGUUGAAAGGCUCUGAAAUCGCUGAGAAAGUUCAAGAGACACAUGUGAAGAGACCACUGUCUGGACCAAAUCAAGAAGCUCCAAAAAGUCGACUUCUCAGGUUAAAACCAAAACUCCAAAACAGAACGGCGUCGUUUGACGACUCAGAGCUCUACCUCGGAGAAGAAGAAGAAGACGGAGAUUACGAACUUUCCGAAGAGAAAACAAGUUACACAUCCUCCACAACGCCGCAAUCUCGCUGCUCACGUGGAAUCUCCACGGAGACUAUCGAAUUCACCGAGAAAAAACCUAACUCGAUCAAGACGGAACAGAACUUGCCCGUCCGGUCUGACUCGUCCGAGUUGACUCGUUCCUAUCCAGUCGCGCCACCGCGUCGACUCGUGGUCCCCGAGCGGGUCGAGGACGGUGACCCGGUGGAUACCGGAUCGGUUCGCGGGUCGAUUUGGCUCCAGAUGAUCUCGUGCGGACACAUCGCCAAGCAGUAUGCUCCGAGUCUGACGAACUCGAGAGCAAAGGGAGAGAAUCUUCGGACAGGUGUUCUGUGCAAGAACGUUGUCAAGAAGGCUGUCGUGGAAGACGAACGUGAGAUGAUAAGGUUCAUGUCGGAGAAUCCAAGGUUUGGGAAUCCCCAGGCGGAGGAGAAAGAGUAUUUUAGUGGCAGCAUCGUGGAGUCAGUGAGUCACGAACGAGUCGCGGCAGGACCCACGUUAAGACGAUCCAACUCGUUCAACGAGGAAAGAUCAAAGAUUGACGAUAUGGCUGAGAAGGUGAAGGAGAAAGAGGAACAAGAAGAGAGAUCGAACGUGAAGGUGAGAUGUAUACCGAGAAGGAAGAGCUCAUCGUGUUUAAUGUCAUCAUCGAAGCAAACCAAGAACUGAAAAAAAAUAUUUUAGCAUAAAGUGACAAUGAUCAUUAGUAUAAUAGUAUUUAAUGCUACAUGUGGUAUGAGUAAUGAACUAGAUGUUGCUGUUUUAAAAAAAAUCCAAUAGUUUGAACAAAAAAAAAAAAAUCUUGUAGUAGUAAUCUACUAGAGUGAUAUUGAUAUUGUCUUCUCGUUUUCUAAAAGAUGAAAGUUC